CUGACGACAGAUCAGGUUUGGUGCGGACUGGGCCAGAAACAACAGCUGCUGCAUGAACGACAAACACCGACUUACGAGGAACCACGUGGUCACUAACUGUGGAAAGUUACAUCAUUGGAUUGAUGAGGUGGCUUGUCAUUCGGCAACUGGACAUUGACUGCGUUAGAAGCUGUAACCAGACACGUCACACCGUGACAGACCGUGACAUGCACGCGGUAUAUAUCUAGCCAAGAGAUGAUGGCUAUUUGACGGAAUCAGUGGCCCCACAGGCGCGCCAGGAGAGAUGAUCUACAACCACCAUGGUGUGUAUUAAGUGAGUCACUAUGUUCUGUACCUUCGUCACAUUAAUUUAAAGGAUUAAAGCCCCAUCCAUACGAAAGAAGGACGUGUAUUUUCAAUCAUGCUUGGGGCAGUUGCGUCUUUGUUUGACGUGAAUCUAUCGGCAGUUUCUCCGCUGCUCUGUGUGUGUGCUAUCAUCCUGCUGGUGUUUUUGACAUUGAGCUGGUCCUCGGAGGGAAAUGGAGGGAACGCUCCACCAGGACCCCGCGGCUGGCCUGUGAUUGGCAACCUCCCUCAGCUUGGGAAGAAACCGCACGUUACAUUAACCCAACUCCGGAAGAAAUACGGAGACGUUUACAAAAUAACACUUGGUAGUCGCCAGACGGUUGUCUUGAAUGGACUUCAUACAAUCAAACAGGCGCUUGUUAAACAAGGGGAAGAAUUUGCUGGCAGGCCGGAUUUUUACUCAUUCAAGUUCAUAGGAAACGGGAAGAGCAUGGGUUUCGGCGACUACGGCCCGCGUUGGAAGAUGCAUCGACGUCUUGCGCAAAACGCAUUGGCUGGAUGCAUUGACAAGAAGACUAAUCCUAUUGAAGAAUCCAUCAUUUCCGAGGCGGAGGUCCUGGUUUCAAACCUCCUGGAAUCAGACGGGUCUCCCAUAAACCCCCACAACGAGAUCUAUUUAUCAGUAGGCAACAUCAUAUGUGCUCUGUGUUUUGGUAAAAGAUACAAACGUGACGACCCGGACUUUCUACAGCUUAUAAGGAUGAACGACGAAUUUAUGGCGUUUGCAGGGGCCGGCAACCCAGUUGAUAUCAUGCCCUGGGUUCGGUUCUUCACGUUCCGCUCAUUCAACACCUUUGUCGGGAUCCUGAACACCAUGACCGCCUUCUGUGUGAAGAAGCAGAAGGAACACAUGGACACCUACGACCCUGCCGUGGCGAGGGACGUCACCGACCUCCUCAUCCGGGCAGUACAGGAGACUCCGGAUGAAGAGAAGGAAGCAGUGGGAUUGACGGACGAACACAUCUUGACAACGGUUCAAGAACUCAUCGGUGCAGGGUUUGACACAAUAGCUAGUACUCUGCAGUGGAGUGUUCUGUUCAUGAUGGCUUACCCAGAUCACCAAGACAAAGUGUACGAAGAGAUUAGCUCUCACGUUGGUCUGAACGGAACACUCGAUCUAGAGGACAUGGAUAAACUUCCUUUCACGGAGGCCUGUUUAUUGGAGAUAAUGCGCCAUUCUUGUAUAUUCCCUUUCGCCCUGCCGCACAGCACAACGAAGGACACGACACUUAAGAAUUACCUAAUCCCCGAUAAAACGCUCAUCUUUGUGAACUUGUGGUCAGUCAGCCAUGACGAGGAGCUGUUUCCCGAUCCAGACAAGUUUGACCCCUAUCGUUUCCUUGACAAAACUGGAUAUAUUGAUAAGGCGAAAACAGAAAUCUUCCUUCCGUUUGGAGUAGGCCGUCGACGAUGUCCCGGGGAACAGUUAGCGAAGAUGGAACUAUUCCUGUUCUUUGCUACCAUGAUGCUGAAAUGUAAGUUCGAGAGUCCGCUAGGUGGCGCUCCUGUGAUCGACAGCAAGUAUGGCCUUACUCUCAAGCCCGUGGACUUCAAGGCAGUUGUCACCAAGAGGUAAGCCGCGGACAUCAAGGCAGUUGUCACCAAGAGGUAGCCCGCGGACAUCAAGGCAGUUGUCACCAAGAGAUAGCCCGCGGACAUCAAGGCAGUUGUGACUGAAUUCGGAUAUACUACCGAUAUACCGAUGUCGGAUAUACUACCGAUAUACUGAGAGCAGAUAUACUGUCUUUUAACUGAAGUCGGAUAUACUACCGAUAUACUGAAGUCGGAUAUACUGCCGUGGUUCUGUAUUCUGAUAUGUACAAGCUUUAGUAUCAGUUUGGAUAUAACUAGUAUUAAGUAAUUGUUAAUAA